GGGCGACUCACGUUUUCGUACCUAUGACAGCAGGUAUGACUGAGAUGACAUUGUCUGUUACACACGUGACAAGAGUUUUCCACUUCGAAGACUGUCUGAAAUCAUGUAAACUUUUUGAACGGCACCAAUAGUACGUCGUCAAUCGAAGUGAAUGAAAAUGAGCGACAACAGAGAAUGUAAACGAGACCAUAAUCAGAACUCAGGUGAUGAGAACAAGAAGAUGGGCGAACCAGAACGACGAAUAAAACCAAAUGUUCAGCGAUUGAGUGGUCGCGAACUUUUGAACAUGAAGAAGAUGGAUUCACGUUUACCAACACGAGGAGUAAAAGAUUUUGCGCCUGACAACUCACCAUGGCAACAACAACGUUUAGAUUCGGCAUAUGCUGAACAGAAAAAUCUACUGUCUGAAGAACGAGUUACAAGGCAUGGAAGUCUUGCUCAAGCCACAUGGAAUGGUGGUCUAGGACUAGCUGAGCUUACCCUGGAGAAGGGUAAAUUUUGGAAUACUAUGGGACAUCACAUCAAUGACAAGAAGUGGCUGCUUCCUGAGGAAGCAUUGUUUCUUAUGAACGGGGGUUCCUUAGAGUUGUACUGCAAUGGGGUUCCUCUAUCCAUACAAGAAGCUUACUCCAUAUUGAUUCCUGAGUACGUACCAAUAGAAUAUUACCAGGUUUACAGUCAUUUACAGCGACUUGGAUACAUAGUAAUACGACAUCAAGGGACCCAGUUCACCAGUUAUGAAAUUCAAAUCAGAUUAGAUCAAUACCAGGUGCGAAAUAAGCAGAUACAGAAGAAGAUAGAAUUCUGGCAGCAAGCUUCUGAAUAUAAUAAACCUGUUGCCUCAGAAUGUAGAAAAUCAAAGUCAUCUCUCGGUCACAAAACGAGUUCCUACUCACCAGUUAGCUUCCCAAGUUUCGCGUCUCCUGUAGUCCGUGAAGAGAUCCUUUCAUCAGUUUCUGAAUGUUCCGAUGGAUCACAUGAUAUUGUGCAAAAAAAACAUGAAGAGAUCCGCCAUUCUGAAAUCAACUUGUUGUCUUAUAAACAAAACCAGGAACGAAUGGCGGCCAUGAAGGCUAAAUUUGGUAAUAAAAAACAUCGCAAACCGAAGCAGCACAGUAGCGAACAUAAUUCAAGUUAUCGAGUUGAAGCUCGUCACUCUGCUAAGUUAAAUAUGCCUUCACAUAGUUCCAUGGUUAAAGAGUCUGAAUCGACCGAAUCCACUGAUAAUUCUUUUGAUAAUGUCAUGGAUGAGAUAAAUAUUGAUAAUGUACUGGAAGUAUUUUGUGAUUUAGCUAAUGAACAAGUGACACACGGUGGUAAGCGUUUGAUUAGCAACCAGGCGGCGGAAUAUAUGGGAAAUACGGCCGUUUGUAGUAAUAUCCAAUUCCCGAAUAUUGCGGAUAACUGUCCAAUGAAUGAGUUCCUGAUUGUGAAACCUGGCCUUUUACCACAGAGUAUAGAAGCUGCUAGUAAGGAGAAACAUCGUCCAAAUGUCGCACAAUUUGUCAAACUACAACACCUCAUCCAGAUGACUGCUGAGGCAUCAAGAAUUACUGAUUCGAUGAUGAAUACAUCGCAUCAACACUGCGAUACCCUGAAUAGCAUCCUGCAACAAGAGAUUGGGGAUUGUCUCAGGAAAGCAUCAAACUGGUCUGAAUUUAAGGAGCUAGAACAUCAACAGAAAAAGAAACUUAAUAAAAGUAAAAGAAAAUCCCUAUGGCCUGAUGAUUCUAUUCAGCCACUGGUCAUGCCUUCAGAUGCAGUCAAUACAUCAAAUAUCCUUGACAAAUUGGGUAUUAUAAAGAAUGUGAAUGUUGAUUGUAACAGAAAAAGACCAAGAUUGGAUAAAUCUUUACCCAUACAGAUUGCAUUUGAUGUUUAUUUACCAGAUUCUGGGUACAAAAAGACGAACCCAGGAAUACCUCAUCUAAAAAUUUGUGUAGUCAGUUCUUCAGAUGCAUGGCCCACACUGAAUGUCAUCAGUAGAUUGCUACAUGAAUGUCAAGGAGUACCACUACUGUGGGCUGUAUUGGAUAACGCUGAUAUCUCUUUCCACAUAUUCCAUGAUGUUAAUUUACCAAGGUCUAUCAAUGGCAACACCUGA